AUGUCUCUCUCCUUGCCCCGCGUGCUAGCUCCAGCUCGCACUGGCUUUACUGCCACUGUCAUCCCCAGGGUGCUAGCUUCAUCCUCAACCCGCCUCUACUCAACCACAAAGAGCACCUUCAACUCGCGCGAUAUCCUCAAAACUCCCCACAGUCCAGACCACAUUCAAACCAAGCUACCCUCAUCAAAAGACCUUCGCAAUGCCAAACGCUUCCGCGAGUUCGAUAUGGAGGGUCGCGUCUAUGCCAUAACAGGUGGUGCGCGCGGUCUAGGUCUAUCAAUGGCCGAAGCUCUAAUUGAGGCCGGCGCAAAGGUCUACUGCCUCGACCGGCUAGAUGCCCCAAGCGCAGACUUCCUUGCCGCGAAAGACAAAGCCGAAAACGAAUACGGCGGUCUACUGGAAUACAUCCAGAUCGAUGUACGGGACCACAAGCAGGUAGAGAACACUUUCGCCAUGGUAGCCGCACAACACGAGCGUCUAGAUGGCCUCAUCGCCGCAGCCGGAAUAAACCACCUACAAAGCGCAUUGGAGUAUGAUCGUGCAGCCCUAGACGAUGUGAUGAGCAUAAACUACAAUGGCGUGUUUAACUCAGCCACUGCAGCCGCACGCCAAAUGUUCAAUUACCAGGGCAAAGGCUCCAUCCUACUUGUUGCAUCCAUGUCCGGUCUCAUCGCCAAUAAGGGCAUGACAUCCCCGGUGUACAACAGCUCCAAGGCUGCUGUUAUCCAGCUUGCGCGUUCACUCGCUAUGGAGUGGGGUCGUCAUGGUAUCCGGGUCAAUUCGUUGUGUCCGGGUCAUAUUAUUACGCCUAUGGUGGAAGCUGUUUUUCAGCAGAAUCCUGCUGCUCGUGCUACGUGGGAAGCUGAGAAUAUGCUUGGGAGGUUGGCGCUUCCGGAGGAGUUCCGUGGUUGUGCUCUUUUUGCUUUGUCUGAUGCUUCAAGCUUUAUGACUGGUAGCACUUUGUUAAUUGAUGGGGGUCAUACUGCCUGGUGA